AUGUCAAUCAUUAUGACUCCUCCCCCUCUGAUCUUUCUCCUCAUGAUUCAUGGAGUUUAUAGUGCUGAUGAUGAUUGGCGUGUGACUUACAGCUCUUCACACAUCUGUGCACUGAAGGACUCAACAGUGACUAUACACUGCACUUACACAUACCCUACUGGACAUAAGAUCAAUACAGUGUUCUGGACCAACACUCAAACACCGACAGAUAAUGUGUUUCCAGAUCUGUCUAAGGACUCUGAAUACAAACAGAGGAUUCAGUAUCUGGGAGAUAAACAGCACGACUGCAGCGUCAGACUGACUGAUGUGAGACACACAGAUUCACACGAGUACUAUUUCAGAUUCAUCACUAAUAAACCUGAUGGGAAAUGGACUGGUGCUCCUGGAGUGACUCUUGCUGUCACAGAUCUUCAGGUGGAGUCUGAAGGUGAGACAGUGAUGGAGGGACAUUCAGUGACUCUGACAUGUGAAAGCACAUGCAGUCUGACUGACACAUCAACAUUCAUCUGGUUUAGAAACACACACACAUUAAAUGAGAGAAAGAAGAAACUCAUCCUGCCGUCAGUUAGAAGAGAGAAUGCAGGUGACUAUAGCUGUGCUGUACAGGGACACAAACUCACAUCACCUCCUCGACGUCUCCAUGUCACCUAUCCUCCAAGGAGCGUCUCAGCGUCCAUCAGUUCUUCUGGUGUAAUAGUGGAGGGUGAUUCAGUGACUCUGACCUGCAGCAGUGAAUCAAAUCCAUCUGUUCACAACUACAGCUGGUUUAAAGAGGAAACAUCUGUAGGAUCUGGAAACAUCUACAGCAUCUCUAACAUCAGAUCUGAUCACAGUGGACAAUACAAGUGCAAAGCUGAAAAUGAACACGGAGAGAAAUAUUCUGAUUCUGUGACUUUAAAUGUUUUGUAUCCUCCAAGGAGCGUCUCAGCGUCCAUCAGUUCUUCUGGUGUAAUAGUGGAGGGUGAUUCAGUGACUCUGACCUGCAGCAGUGAAUCAAAUCCACCUGUUCACAUCUACAGCUGGUUUAAAGAGAAUCAAACAUCAUCUGUUGGAUCUGGAAACAUCUACAGCAUCUCUAACAUCAGAUCUGAUCACAGUGGACAAUACAAGUGCAAAGCUGAAAAUGAACACGGAGAGAAAUAUUCUGAUUCUGUGACUUUAAAUGUUUUGUAUCCUCCAAGGAGCGUCUCAGCGUCCAUCAGUUCUUCUGGUGUAAUAGUGGAGGGUGAUUCAGUGACUCUGACCUGCAGCAGUGAAUCAAAUCCACCUGUUCACAUCUACAGCUGGUUUAAAGAGAAUCAAACAUCAUCUGUAGGAUCUGGACAGACGUUCAGCAUCAGUAACAUUAAUUCACGUCUCAGUGGAUGGUUUUACUGUGUGGCUCAGAAUAAACAUGGAUCUCAGAGAUCAGAUGCUGUUUCACUCAUUGUUAAAGCUUCAGGAUGGCUUUCUGUGGUCCUGUUUGCUGUCAUCACAUGCGGGUGUGCAGUUUGUGUUUUCAUUGUGUUCAUGAGGAGGAGAAAACGUGCUGAUAGAAUCGGGCUGAAGCAGGUUCCUCGCCGCUGCUCGUCUGAAACACAACAUGAUGAUGUUCAGUACGCCGGUGUUACACCCAGACAUCUGAGAGAAGAUCAAACAUCUCCUGAAUCCAGAGAUCCAGAGGAGGUCCAAUACACAACUGUCCACCAUCACAGAAACACAGACGUGAGAAGAUCAGAUGAGACUGAAAACCACUAUGACAACAUUACAAAUCACCAACAUGAUGCUGCUGUGAGAUCUGCAGUUGAAAUAAUGGAAGAUAAGUCUGUGAUUUACAGUUCACUCAGAUGAUCGAUACUUCAGGUCUACAGGAUCGAUACGAUCAGGAUUCUAGAUCAACUUCUUUAUCCUCUCUGCAGGAGUAAC